UGGGGAUAUAAUUCCCAUUUUGCCUCUUGGAGUCUUGGGGAUAAAAGGGUCAGUCCUCAGAGUCCGACGGUCCUUCCGCACAAUCAUCCAUAGAACGAACUUUCGUGAGGCGAAAAGAAAGGGGAGACGCAGCCGCAGAGUGACAAAGGUAAUGGCGGCAAUAAAUCGGAAUUUGGGCAUUGUUUCUCCUAAUUUUAAAGCCUGCCCAUUUGCCACGCUUAGGAAUCAGUCUGUUCAAUGUUGCUCUCAGGUGAUUCUUCUACGGUAGAUCUCAUCUUGCUGAUAGACUUUGGCUCAUGUCUGCUUAUGGUCAUGAAAUGGAGCGGGGUUACUCCGCCCGAAGUCUUUCCAGUAGGGAAGGUUCUGCAGUGGGAAGCCAUUAUAUGGUAGAGUCAGGGUUCUUUAUAACAUCAUUUGCCGCAACAAUCUUCAUUGGUGGCCUUAUAAUUGUUGGGGUCUUAUUAAUAACGUUGCUAAUUGCAUUAACAAUUAUGCUACAAUCUUGUGAAAGUAAGAGCGCAGGGGCUGUUGAAAUUUCGGGAGAUGAUUACAAUUAUUGCAAAAUCUAUGCAAUGCAUGCCGAACUUAACAGCUUGGGAGUAGAUGAUUUCCCUUCAAUUUGCAAGGAUCUUACCAUCCCAUAUAUCAAAGAAGGCCAAUAUUUAAGAGAUCUAAAUUUUUCUACGUUGCUAGCUGAGGAUUACUUCAACAGUUUUAUGCCACUCGAUGAUGGUCUAGAUGUGGUCUUGAUGGACAUAGAUGAUCUUCUUCCUUCAAAUUUUCAUUACAACAAUCAGUUGUUGCACCAAUUCAGUAAAUUUGAUUGUGAUGAUUGUGUUGAAAAGGCAAAAAUUUUGAGGUGCACUACCAUCCUGAGAUUAUAUGUGAAGCUUCAAGCAAGUGGGUGGCCUUUGAUCUUGUUAUCGAGGAAGCCUGAGAAACACCGGAAUGCCACCAUAGAGCAUCUUUUAUCUGCUGGUUUUGGAGGUUGGUCCUCUUUGAUUAUGAGAUUGGAUGAUGAAAUACAAAUGAAUAGCUCUCAAUAUUUUUCAAGACGGAGGGCAAUAAUGCAAGAAGAGGGGUUCCGAAUUGCAGGCACAAUUAGCAGCCAGAUGGAUGCUUUAACUGGCCCAUGCUUGGGAAAGCGCAUUUUCAAGCUUCCAAACCCUAUUUUUUACUACAAUUCUGAGCAUCACUUCAUAGAAAGCACAAAUCAACAGAGAUAGAUCACAUUCCAUGGGGACUGACCUGAUUUGUUCUCCUGUUUUUUCACUUGGCACUCUAUUCGGCAACACUAUGUAUGCCCUUGUCCAAACUACGUUUGCUCUGCCUAAGUAUAUAGUUGUGUAUACAAUAUUAAUAACAAUCACUUGUAAUUAUUAAAUUUAUGUAUUAUGGAAAUGAAAAUUCUUCAUUCAUAUUGAGUAUAA